UCGCAGCGGCGGGCGCAGUCUGAGGAUGGCCGCGGCCGCGGCCGGUGGAGCCCCGGGCCCGGUCCCCGGCCCCGCUGGGCCCCCGCCACCCGCCGCGCCGACCUCGGCCGCUCGGGCCCCGCCGCAGGCGCUGCGGAGGCGCGGGGACUCGCGGCGCCGCCAGGCUGCGCUCUUCUUCCUCAACAACAUCUCCCUGGACGGGCGGCCCCCGAGCCUGGGCCCGGGCGGAGAGAAGCCCCCGCCGCCGCCCGCCGAGGCCCGCGAACCGCCAGCGCCGCCGCCGCCGGAGACCCCCGCCGGCCUGCCUGGGCUGCCCGCCAGGACCCCCGCGCCCCAGGGCCUGCUCAGCCCCACGCAGGUGCCCGCCGGCCUCGGCCUGGAUGGGCAGCGCCAGAGGAAGCGAGUCACGUCCCAGCGCUGCUCCCUGGAGUUUCUGGAAGAUGCCGUGGGAUGUGCUCCAGCACAGAGAACCAAACACACAUCUGGAUCACCGAGACAUAAAGGCCUGAAGAAGACCCACUUCAUCAAGAACAUGAGGCAGUACGACACCAGGAACAGCAGGAUUGUGCUCAUCUGUGCCAAGCGGUCCCUGUGUGCAGCCUUCUCGGUCCUGCCCUAUGGGGAAGGCCUGCGGCUCAGUGACCUGAGGGUGGACAGCCAGAAGCAGAGGCACCCGUCCGGCGGCAUCUCUGUGUCUUCCGAGAUGGUCUUUGAGCUAGAAGGUGUGGAACUAGGAGCAGAUGGGAAGGUCGUGUCUUAUGCGAAGUUCCUGUAUCCCACCAACGCCCUGGUCACACACAAGAGUGACAGCCAUGGCCUGCUGCCCACACCUCGGCCCAGUGUCCCCCGGACUCUGCCAGGGUCAAGACAUAAACCUGCCCCCACCAAGUCGGCACCAGCCAGCACAGAACUAGGGAGUGACGUGGGGGACACCCUGGAGUACAACCCCAACCUCCUGGAUGACCCGCAGUGGCCCUGCGGCAAGCACAAACGUGUCCUCAUCUUUGCGUCGUACAUGACCACAGUGAUAGAAUACGUGAAGCCCUCAGACCUCAAAAAGGACAUGAACGAGACCUUCAGGGAGAAGUUCCCACAUGUCAAACUGACGCUGAGCAAAAUCAGGAGCUUAAAGCGGGAGAUGCGGAGCCUGUCGGAGGAGUGCAGCCUGGAGCCCGUGACGGUGGCCAUGGCCUACGUGUACUUUGAGAAGCUGGUCCUGCAGGGCAAGCUCAGCAAACAGAACCGUAAGCUGUGCGCCGGCGCCUGCGUGCUGCUGGCCGCCAAGAUCAGCAGUGACCUGCGCAAGAGCGGCGUGAAGCAGCUCAUCGAUAAGUUAGAAGAAAGGUUUCGAUUCAACAGGCGCGACCUGAUAGGGUUUGAGUUCACAGUGCUCGUGGCUUUGGAGCUGGCCCUGUAUCUUCCCGAGAACCAAGUGUUACCUCACUACAGGCGCCUCACCCAGCAGUUCUAGCAGAGGCCCCACAGAAGGCUCAGGGCACCGAGGUGCACUUGCCGGCCUGGGAGGUGUCCCACUGAAGCCCCGCACCUCCUCCUGCCAGCGCCCCCAGCACCUGCCAGCAGGAGGCACCUGGCCUCCGCUGCUGCAGCUUUCCUUUUUGCCUCUUUGCCAUUUCCUUGGAAAGGGACGUCGCUUUCAUCCCCAAGUGCACCGUCCCUCCAAGGGGAUUUCUGAGAAUUCUCCUGCAUUUUUACAUAAACUAAAUGUGAGGUUUUGUUACUGCUAUUUUCUUCACGUGCCUGAGACCAGCCUGGCACCAGGACCUUUUGUUCACAGCGUGUAGCAGCGAGCCGGCUGCAGUGGCUCUCCCCUAGCCUCACCUUCUGUAAACCACCGCAGCCACGACAGCGUCGGGGUGGAGAUCUGGGUUUCUAGACCUCGCUGAACACACUGAAAUGGCUGAGUUUCCCUUAUUUAGGCAUUCAUCUUGGAGAUGUGGUUUUUCGGGUGUGGGUUCCCCAGCAGCGUCUCCCGACACCGACUGUGCCGCUGGCUCCCUGCCACCUGAAGCCGAGCUCCUCCAGAGCUUUCUCUGCCCACCUCACUGCAUCCCAAGUGCAGCUUUUGGUGUCCAGUUAGGCCGGCGGGAGCAGUCUCCUGAUUGAUCUCAUUCUUGGACUCUUGGACCUCUGUUCUUCAAGCAUCGUGUCACUGUGAAAUCCUAACGCCCCUGUGUCCUACAGACCGACGGUGCAACCGACAGCUGCCCAUCCCAUGCCAUGCUCUACCCUCUGCCUCUCACCAGGAGACACUCUGGGCCUCUAGGACAAUCAAUUGCUGCUUGCUGGCUCUUAUUUUUCUAAGCAAUAUUGUGAUGGAGAAAAACAACAUAUUUAUUGGGAUUUAGUUUUUUGGGUCUUUUUUUUUUUUUAAGGGGAACAAAAAUUGGUUAAAUGAGGUCUGCUGAAGUUGACUUGAAAACACACUUGACCCUCAGGCAGGAGGGCACUGACCACACCCCACAGAACCUCAAAGGGUCAGUGCGUCAGUGCCUUUUCUUCUGAGGCAGGAAACAGGUGCCAUCUUGGCCAUCUCGGCCAGGGCAGCCCACCAUGCUAAAAGGACCCCAAAUGGUGGUCGUUGUCCCUUCUGUGCAGGCCAGCAGGGCCCCAUCUCUAGUUUUUCCAUGUCUGUCUGAAGUUCUUGCAACGAAUUUUGCAUGGUCCAGCGCUCCAGCUAGCUGCCUCAUCAAAAACACUGAAUAACCAAGGACUGCUGAGUUUUUCUUCAUGGGUCAGCUGGUCUCAAAACUGGCCACUGCCUCAGCCACCAAGCUUUUUCCUACCACUACCUUAUAAACCUGCCUGGCCCUGGAGGGGCUCUGGGAUGACUUUGUCUCUAGCCCAUUAAUACAUUCUAUGCUUUUUGUGCAGACUGGUGCUUCCGCAGAAAGGAGAUGCCAAUUCUGCUAUCACAGAACUCCACCAGCAACUCCACCCGACCCCAGCAGUGGUGCAGGACAGCUGCCAGCACCUACCUGGCCCUCCUCCUUUUCCACAGCCACUCACCGGGGCCAAAACCCAGAGAUGACAGGUGUGUGGGACAGACUGGAGGAUGAGGACAAACCAAAGUCUUUGUUCUUAUUUACUGUGGAGCGUCCCCUUCCAUCGAGCAGCCUGCCCUCAGGCCAAGGAUGAUCCCCUGGAACCCAGUGUGCACCCAGAGGGGACUCGACUUCCAAGCUGCUCCACCAUGCUGGGUCCCAGGCAGCUUUCCUCUGAAAAGCAACCUCUCCUGCCACCCAGAUCCCAUCUCAAGAGCUCGCCCAUGUUACGAGCAUGUAAAGGACUGACUUCCUAGUAACUGUUGCAGUUUACAACCUGCCCUCCUGGGACACACGUCUCCAUGGUUUUUUCUACACAUGAACGCAAGAAAUGGCUGAUAAGCACAGUAAUUUAAGUUUGUGUAUUUAUGUAGUGAGAUUUAGUCAUUAACCAAACCGGUCUUUGUGAAGUGUGAAGCCUUCCCUUCAGGUAUGUCCCAUUUUCGUGAUGCCACGAGCUGCCACUGUGUGGUAUUCGAGGAUUACUGCAACAAAGCCAGUAGUUAAACCAAACUACAGUCUCAGCCUGUCAUUCUCUAGAACACAUCCAGGUGUCGGAGCUGAGGUGUUCAGCUGGGCUGUGACUACACAAAACCAGGCCUGGUGUUGCUUCCGCACCGGUAGCAGUUGUGGAUGUCAAUGUGCAUAAGCAAGUAUCUGACCUCAGAAUGUUUAUUUUGUCUUAGAUAUCUGUUUUUAAAUGGAUAAUGUAUUUGUCCUUUAAACCUCAGUUUUGCAA